AUGAUGAAAGCAAACCAGAAACCCAAACCUCACGCGCCUCCGCGUCCUCUCUUCUCCUGCGGCUUCUUCCGCCGCUGCACACAGUCCGUCCUCAGUCCCACCUCUCCUCACCAGCAACCUCGCCGCAAGCCCACAACCACCUCCUCCUCCUCUUCUUCCUCCUCAACCUCCACUUCUCAAAGCUUCACACAAUGGCGUUUCCCUCACCACCUUGAUCAAACUCCGUCCACAGCUCCUCCUCCUGCUCCUGCUCGUCCUCCUCCGCCGCCGCCUCUUCCGGUCUCCUCCACUCUUCAAGAAACCUUCCAGAUCGCAGAGCUUCACCUCACAUCCGUCUCCGAAUCCGACAAGCUCCUCGCUCUUCAGCUACUCGAGCGGGUCGUCGUACCUGACCCGCCAUCUGAUCCGACUUGUCCUCCGGGUCUCAUGCGAGGCCUCGUCUCUUGCCUUCGGAGCAACAAGAUCGUAACUGCCAAAUACGUCACCAAGAUCCUCCUCGCGCUCUGCCUCGCAGAAGGGAACCGCCACGUGGCGGUCGAGGCGGGAGCAGCUAGAGCGGUGGUGGAAACGGCGGCGGGACUAGAGAUCUCAGCGGUGGAGCGAGCCUUAGCUGCGCUUGAGCUCAUGUGCACGACGGCGGAAGGCGCGGCGGAGGUUCGUGCUCAUGCGAUGACGGUUCCGGCGAUGGUAGCCGUGAUGGCGAGACUGGCGGGGAGGGGGAGAGAAUACGCCAUUAGCAUACUUUCCAUCGUCUACGGAAAAGGAGGAGUUUCCGGCGAGGAGAUUACGGUGGCGCCGGCGGAAGAGGUGGCGAGGGCGGUGGCUCUGGCGCUGGAAGGAGAGUGCACAGCGAGAGGAAGAAGAAAAGGGGCCCACCUAUUGAAGACCCUUGAGGAAUAUGGACGGUUGGAUGUGAGUCAGAAUGGGACAUGA